CAACGUAGUAUUUAUAGUUGUUUUGAGGUAUACCUAACGUGGGGAAAUCGGAACCAGGUCAAUUAUGAUCGAAAUAAAUGCAAAACUUUUGCGUGACCAAAGUGCAGUGUUCAUGUGCGGUGAGGUGGUCGAAUGUUUGAUAGAUUUUAUCCAUCCAUCCCUCCCGGAGCACAAGAUAUCGCAGAGUAAUAGUGAUAUUCUAGAGAAUCUCGCAUGGGCCACCGUUCAACUUCAUUGCUACUGUAAUGCGUCUAUGAACGAUCGAACUGGAAAUGAUGUCGCGGCAAGCAGAAACGUUGGAGGAACCACAUCGCUCAACGCAAGCAACCAGCUGAAGGGAGAGGUUUUACAAUCUACUGAACCGAAAAUUCUUUUUUGUGACCUACGAUUAUCACCCGGAGAAGCCAAACAAUUUUUGUACCGCGAAACUGUCCCUCUAAACACACCUCCUACGUAUCGUGGGAUCCGAGUGAAGUAUUACUAUAAAAUAACGAUUGCCACGCAGCGAUUGGGAUCGAGCGUGCAGGCACUGAACAUUCCAAUCCGAGUGCUGCCUCUUCCCCUGCCCCAAAGCGACCUCGACGAGGCGAUCACGCUAAACGAUGAAUCUAACGAAGACCUGGCACCCAACAAUCCGUUCCUGGAGAAACGAAGACCACCGUCGCGGAUCGAAUACGCGCUACACUAUCUACGAGGAGUUACAGCCCGGAGGCGGCCAAACUUUUUCAUGAUCACCAACAAAUGGGGUAAAGUAGGUAGGUUUUGUUUGUUCAAAUCGGCCUACAAGCUGGGCGAGGAUAUUGUGGCCACCAUCGACUUCAGCUGUGGGACGGUCAAAUGUGUCCAACUAUCCGUUACAUUGCAAUGCGAAGAAAUUGAAUUGAAAGCUCCAGCGCCGGGUGCUGUAGUGGCCAAAGUGGGCGACGAAACCGUUGCCACCGAGGCUGGUGCAUCUGAGCCAAAUUCCACCCAACCAAAUGGUGUCGGAUCGAGCGAAUUGGAACGGAAAAAGUGUAUUUCUCGCGUGACAAACUACAGCAAACAUCAUGAGGUGUGCCUGGGCAUGCUGCAAACGCAAGUCAUUCUUCCCAUUCCGUUACACGUAACACCCACCUUCCGAACUGACCUGGUUGAAGUCAGCUGGAGACUACAUUUCCAGUUCGUCACAAGCACAAACCCCGAGCUUUCCAGUGAAAGUUUGAUUGAUCGAUCGGCCGAGAAUGAAGACGAGCUGGAAUGGGUCGCUCCGACGGAUAUCGCCAUCGAAACGAUGAUCUGGAGUCUUCCCAUCACAAUAUACCCGACUGCACCACUGCAAAUCCCACAACCCUGUGGAGAAUAUAAGCUUCAUAUUAAGUGAUACUGUAACGGUGCGCGAAAAUAAACAGUAAGCGGUAGGUUCUCUUUGUGACAACAUGAAUAAUAUAUUAGACUAAUCCGAGUCC